AUGAACACAGAAACACAAAACAACGGCACAGAAAACCCAGAAAACGAAACCAACGGCACCUUCUACCACCAUGGGCACAAUGCCGAGAGCGUAGCUGAAUAUAACUAUAAAAUUCGUGAUGAUAGUGUAAGUCCAAGGGAAUUCCUAGGAAUGGAUAAUGAAGAUGGAAUUGAAACUAUACUCGCAGAUUGCAAUGGACAUUCAUUACAUGAGUAUAUUGAUGAGAUACGAACUUUACUCUGCCGUUCCUUUAAAGAAGUUUGCCUAGAGAUAUAUCCAGAUUGGGAUAAAACUACUUUGGCAAUAGCCAGUAGUACUGAUGAGAAAAAAAUGUCGCUCCAUAUAUCAACUUUUGGCCUCCGACUUAAAAAUAUUGCUAAAGUCGCAGUGUUUACUGAGCUUGUCCGCAAAAAACUCCCAGUUAAUUUACAAAGCAAAGAUAUUGUUGAUAAUAUUGCAAAUAAAAAAUCAUUUUCUUUACGGAUUCUUGGAAUGCCAAAGUUUGAUAAAGAAACCGGAAAACACGUACGUGUAAAAAAACCAUCAUGUCCAAAGGAUGGAGAUGUUUUUAAAUUUAUGCUUCGUCCACCACAUGAUGAAUCGCCAGUUGUAGAUGGUCUUAUCCUAGAUGUUCCGGAAAUAGAUGUAUGGAAAAAUGGUAAAAGCGAACCUGGAACAUUUAGAUCCGAAGUAGAAUAUAUUGAGAGAUUACUUAAACUAGUAAAAAUCGAAGGAUUUGAUGUUCUAUAUCCACCACCUGUAUCUCCAAAUAUUUUUACUUUAACACGUAUAUCCACUUCACAUUGUCCGCUGUGUAAUCGAGAGCAUAGUGGUGAAAAUGCAUAUGUGGUUCGAAAUAAAAAGACUUAUCGCUAUUAUUGCCAUCGUGCGGACCAAGAAACUCCUUCAGGUACAAAAAAGCCAUCAUUAAAACUUGAGAUUAAUGAAACAGUUGAAAAUCAGGAAAAAAAACUUUCAAUACCAGAAAAAUUAAUAAUACCCAGAAUUUCAGAUCCAAAUGAUCACUUUGUAUGGGGAGAUCUAAUAGAUAUGUGUACAUCUGGAGAAAAAUAUACUCGUAAUCAAGUUUACGAAGCUAUUCAAGCAACGGUUGCAUUUAUUGAUAAAGGUAAUCUGUUAUGGGUUUUUAAAGUGGAGGAUGAUGAAGGAGGAAUUACCUUUGAAAUGGUCCCCAAAUUAAAACUUGUUAAUUACGAAAUAAAACUAGUUGAACUUGGAGGAGAAACAAUAAAGUUAAAAUCAUUGAUAAAUCAAGCAGAAAUUAAAGGUUUGAUUACUUAUCGUCGCAUUGUAUAUCUUCCAUAUUCACCAAAUAAAUCUCCGCCAAUUACUAAAUUCCUUAAUCUUUUCCCGGGAUUUAAAGCCCAACCAGCAACAGAAAUCAAUCCUUGGAUUAUGGAAGCCCUUAUUUGGCACGUAAAAUAUGUAAUUUGUGAUGAAAAUGAUAAACUUAAUGAAUAUAUUUGGAAUUGGUGGUCAUUUUUGGUGCAAUUUCCGCUAGAAAAACCUAAAACAAUUUUGGUUUUAAAAUCUAUUUUACAACAUUGUGGAAAAAAUAUUAUAAUUGAUUUUAUUGGCGAAAAAGUUUUGGGUUCAGCACUAUACUAUGCUACAUCCGAUUUAGGAAAAGUUCUUGGAAAAUUCAAUAGUGUUAUAAAAGGCCGAAAACUUGUCGUUAUGAAUGAGACGGGGAUGGCUAGUGGAGAAUGGCAUAAAUUUAACGAUCAUCUUAAAGCACUCAUAUCAGAAAAUAAGGUAAGUAUAGAACACAAGGGUGUCGAUUCUGUGGAUCUUAAAGAUUAUACCGCAUUUAUGGUUACCAGUAAUCAUGAUACCCCACUAAAAGUAGAUAUAGGCGAUGGGUGUAUAGUUUGCUUCGAUGUAUCUUCACGAUGUAGAGGUAAUAGAGCAUACUUUAAGAAUUUAGGAAAGGUUUUUAAUCAUCCUGAUGCACCAGGAGUAGUUAUGAGAUAUCUUUUAAAUCGUGAUUUAUCUAAUUGGGAUCCAGAAGAUAUCCCCGUUACUAAAAUGAAAACAGAAACAAUACGGGAUCAAUUACCAAACUCCAUUCGAUUCAUAAUUGAGCAUAUUUCAUCCUGGGUUGAAAAUCAGACAGAAAAAACAAUCUGUGCAAAUCUAUAUCAAAAUUAUCUUACUUGGUGCGGUAGUAAUGGUGAAAAUUCGUUUACUAGUAAAAAAUUUGGAAAAACUCUUCCAGUAAUUGGUAUAGAACGAAAACAAGUACGAAUAAAUGGAAAAAGAGAAUGGAUAUACAUCCUAGACCGAUUCAAAAUAGUAGCUAAGUUACAUGAAUCAAUUGGCGAUAUCGAGGAAUUUUCAGAUUCACCUCAAGCCGAAAUAUCCACUAACACUACCACAGAUAUACCUAUAUUCGACGCACCCAAAAUUGCAACACCAGCUCCACCCAUUACUAACAUGACCCAAGACCUCUUCGAUUCUAUAAAAAAUGAAAGUUCAGUUGCUUUAUCAUCCAAGUCUACCGAUAUAUCUCCGUCUCCUGAGAUCAUGAAUGUAGUAGAACCUGUGGACGAUAAAUUCGAACCUUCUUCUGAAAUCAUCGAAUCAAUGAAUGAUAAUCUCGAUUUAUCAAAGGAUAGUGUACCCGAACCAUCUCCUAGCUUACAUGUAAAUGAAUCUGAAUCAAAUAACGAAGUAAUCCCCCAGCAGAUAUCAUAUCCACCCGGAUAUCAAACCAGGGAGCAACGAGAAAAACGUCUAAGACAAUGGGCGACCGAUCAUAAUGAAGAUCCGGAUAAGUUUAUGACUAUAACUGAGGAAGAUAUUAAUUUAUCAAGAACAUACUGA